CCACCGGAAGUUCUUCUACAAUUCAACCUUACCCUUACUGGUGAUAUUACAUCCAUAAGAGUAUAAAUACCCUACAUCACAUAUUUUCGCAACGAGGUGUAAUUUCACCACUAAACCAUAAAGCCAUGCCGCUGCCUGACACRAUGUACUGUGCCGAGCAAAUCAACAUCCCUCCCGAGCUGCCCGACAUCCUCAAGAACUUCACCAAGGCAGCCAUCCGAACGCAGCCCAAGGACGUGCUUCUGUGGUCUGCAACAUACUUCCAUGCACUGUGUAAAGGAGAGCGUUUGCCUGUCAAAGACCGUUUUGAGAUGACCGUUGACUCCCAGAAGACAGAUUUGAUGUUCUGUGCCCAGCAAAUCAGAGUCCCUACCGAGCUGCCCGACAUCCUCCAAAACUUCACCAGGGAAGCCAUCCGAAUGCAGCCCAGGGACGUGCUGCUGUGGUCUGCAACAUACUUCCAUGCACUGUGUAAAGGAGAGCGUUUGCCUGUUGAAGAUUGUUUGGAGAUGAACGUUGCCACCCAGAAGACAGACACUGGGCUGACUCCAGGUCUUCUUAAGACUCUUCACAAACAGCUGGCUCACCUGGACGGAGACAUGCAACAGGACCAAAUUGACGACUUCCUCAACAGCCUGCAGCCACAAGUGGACAAGAAGAACGGUACGAUUCAGGUCUCCGACUUCUACAGGGCGUGAGGAAAGCAGGACGUGAGGAAAAGACAGACAGAAAGCAGUGAGAGACAGGAAGGAACAAGUAAAAUGAUACUGUUCAAUUAAUAAAUGGGCCCACU